AUGAGUGGGCCACAACCUCAGAGAGUGAGGAAUCACCAUGGGGAUAAUGACGACGAAGGAGUUUGGGUUUGGUCUCCCCCGUCCGACCCAACAAUCGUCAUACCCGAGUCACCAGAGUCACCAGGACAGCAACAACAACCUACUACCCAAAAUGUCGAACCAACAACCGAACAACAACACCACCAGCUGGAAAAUCCAGAACGACCCGAGCAACAGCCCCAGCUGGAAUUGAACCCCAACCGGGGAAGACGAGCUGAGCCCUGCACCUGCGCCGGGUGCGGUCGAGUGAGGGAGGGAGUUAUGGCGACAUCCCCCAGCACCACCACCACCGAACCACCAUCACCAAACACCCAGGGCGGGCGUGGGCGAGGUAGAUUAGCCGAAUUAAUAACCCUCGCCCGGGAGGGGCGUUUAACCCAACCGAAUAUUAAUCGGUUCUUCAGACCGAGGAGUUCCCGGGGGCGAGGCGUCGGGCGGGGGCUACCCCGGGGGCUUGACCUGGACGAUAUAACCGAAGGGGAGGACGAAGAACGACUACGUGGGAGUUCAAAUCCAGACCACGGCGAGAGUGAGCGGUUGAUGGAAGUAACACCACCUCCACCACCACCUGGCUGGCUAUCCGCUCGUCGGGGUCGGCCCCGAGCUCACGUCCCACCCCAGCCUCGGGUUGGUGACACCCGCCGUGGGGUUGAAGAACCAACAGCGACAGCUCCACAGCCACAGAUACCAGUCGAGCAAGCGGGGGAGGUGAGGCCUGUCAAUUCCCAAAAUUAUAUCAGCCUAGAGGAUAGGCGAGCCUUAGUUCGCCACACUGAGGCUCGAUUGCGAGCCGACCCUCCCCUGCAGUGGUUUUUAAUCCCCGCGGCGGUGGGAGCAAUACCACUGACGCCAGCUCCGGGGUCGAUCCCACCACCACCACCACCAGCCGCACCACCCGCACCAGCACCAGCACCAGCGUCAUCAACAACAGCCGACCCACCACCAACCAACCCACCAUCACCUGAGAGCGGUGCAGGUGAGGCACUUGCUGCGUCCCCACAGGGGAGGAAGAGGAGCCACACAUCCGACGGUUUUCCGACACGUGAGUGUCGGAUUUGUUAUGUAAGAGUGUCCGAUGCGUGUCUCUUACCCUGUGGGCAUGCAGCGAUCUGCCUCGCAUCGUCGUCUCGCACCCCAGCGGUGCCCAUUUUGUAA